CUGAAACCUAAAAAAGCUAAAGAGACGAACUUUGCAAUUGUGAACUUUCGAAAAAAUGAACACAACCUCUGAUCUCCUCCAUGGCCGUCUUCUCCGAUUAUCUAAACAAAUAACAGAGAUUCUCAGACGCACACAGUACACACCGCAAGAGAGCAGCAAAGUAUCAACCAAAGAUAUACUUUUUUCCUUGUUACCAAACACUUCGUCUCUUCACCAAGUCAAUGAAGAAGAAUCGAUCAAGAAUCUCGCGCUUGCUUGUGCACUUCUCUCUUCUUCACGUUCCUCCACUCACGAACUACUCUCAUGGAUUCCAGAUAACCUCUCUGCCAUUGGGGAGUCUACAUUUCGAGAGAUUGUUUCAGUGAUUGAAUUGUUACCGAUUGUUUUGCCGGAGCUGAAAGAUGGAAUCGAAAAGAGUUCACUUGGUAAGAGCAGUGAUGCAGAGGAUGUUGUAGCUGCAAUGGCGAGAACACCUGUUGGUUAUGCGAUCAUUGCGGCUCACCAGCUCAGGUGGUUUGUGACUCAGGUUGAGAAACCAAAUCUGGUGAAAUUUUGCAACUUGGUGGUUCCUUGUGCUUUGACAGCACUUGAUCAUUGGUCUCCUGAAGUCAAAGGGCAAGGUAUGAUAAACUUGGUUCAUCUUGCUAAAAAUGUGACUUCAGGUGACCUCGGUUUGUAUGGAGAUGUGGUUCUUGAUGCCUGUUGCCAGAAUAUAGCUUCUGAUGAUGAGAUUUGGAUACAUGUGGUGGAGUUAUCAGUGCUUCUUGUGACUAAAAUCCACCCAAAUAAUCCCCGUAGCCCGUGGUACGAGAAGCUUAUGAAUGAGAUGCUUGGCCAUUUGGAACGCCAACCAAGAAAUAAGGAGCGACGUAUAGCUUGGCUAAGAUUCAUUGAGCCACUCUUGAACGCUCUAGGGCUUUUCUUACUUGCUCAUUUUCGACGUAUCUUCCCUCUUUUCUUUCAGUGGAUGCAUUCAGACGAUGCUGAAACUGUUUUGUUGGUUCUUGAGAGACUGGAGACGGUUGUGAGGUUGACGUGGAUUAGAAACUCACCUUUCAUCCCAAGAUUGGUGGAGGAGCUAGUUGCCUUGUACAAAGAGUCAUCAACGCGUAAAGAUCGCGAUGAUAUUAGACCUCUUAUACUCCGUUUCUUGCUGCUACUCCGCCAGUGCAAAAGCUUACAAUUUGAGUCAGCUUGGAGUCAGUACCAGGAGGAUCCAAAUCUGAGCACUGUUAGUGGAUAUAUAUGGGCUAGCUCAAGUUGAUAUUACGAGCCUCUGUUUGACUUAUAGGCCUACGGUUCAUGACAAAAGCAGUCAUUCUUUUCUCUUCUAGUUCUCUGAUAAUUAGUUUUGUCAAGGCCGAGUUAUGCUCUGUAAUUAAUGGCUAAUUUAUGUGUUUUUGUAUGAAUUUGGUUCUUUGAAGCUAUUCCCAUUUGCUGCA